AUGCGGCCUCUCGGCCCCCGCCUGCGCGCUCCGCUGGGGCUGGUGCUCGCGCGCCCGUCCCAGCCCCCGCUGGCGCGCCCCCGCGCCGCGGCCGCCGGCUGGCAGCUCCCGAACAGCCGCUGCGCAUCGGCCGCUUCAGCGGCGCGGCCGCCCCGCUCCCAGUUCCUGCAGCGGCGCCCGGACCAGGAGCAGGCCGCCCCGGCGGGCGGCGAGGCGGCCGGCGCGCCCGCCGCUGCCGGCGGCGGCGAGAAGCAGGGCGCGCAGCAGCCGCAGCGGUACGGCCCCCUGGACGUCGACCUGCAGCCCAAGGACCAGCUGAGGCCGCUGCUGCCUACGUGGAACCCGCCGCCCACGAGGAGGCCCAGGCCGGAGGAGCUCGAGCUCAGCGCCAGGCUGCGCUUCCUGCUCGAGGACAGGUGGUGGGCAGCCACCAUCCGAGAGGUCGGCGAGGGGCAGGUGAAGGUCGGCUACGACGGCUGGCCCAGCAGGCACGACGAGUGGGUCCCCCUGGACAGCGACCGCCUCUACUUGCACGAGAGCCACCACGCCGACUACGUGGCGCCGCCCCUGCCGAAGCGCUACGAGCGGCAGUCGGCCACGGACGCGGAGGGCAAUCCCAUCGUGACGAUUCGCCCGCCCCGCCCGAAGGUCUACGACCCUGAGAAAGAGCGCCUCAAGCGGAUGCUCAGGCCGCCCUUGCCGUACAAUCCCGAGAAGGAGGGCCCGCCGCGUGUCGGGGCACAGACCUCCUCCAACCUCACACGUCGCCCCGCGGAAGAAGUCACGACGAACGGUUGA